AUGAAAGAUCCCAGUAGCUUUUCAAUUCCAUGUCAUAUUGGAAACAAGUUUGUGGAUAAGGCACUUUGCGAUCUUGGAGCUAGUGUCAAUUUGAUACCUCUUUCUAUUUUCAACAAUUUGGAGUUGGUUAAGGCUAGACCUACAACUGUGUCUUUGCAAUUUGUCGAUAGGAGUAUAGCUUACCCCCAUGGCAUUAUUGAAGAUAUGCUUGUGAAGGUAGAUAAGUUUAUUUCUCUAGCAGAUUUCAUUGUUCUUGAUUGUGAGGUAGAUAGAGAAAUUCCUAUUAUCUUGGAAAGACCCUUUUUGGCAACUGCUAGAACCUUGAUUGAUAUGGAAAAAGAUGAACUUACUAUGCGGGUUAAUGAUGAGCAUGUGACUUUCAAUAUGCACAAGUUAAUGAAGUCUCCCAAUGAGGUUGAGCAAUGCUUCUUUGUUGAUGUACUUGAGCAAGUGGUAUAA